AUGGGUCAAACCCUGUCGGAGCCGGUGGUCGAAAAGACCUCCUCCGAGGGCGGGGAUGACUGCUGUAUCUACGGUGUGUCUGCCAUGCAGGGCUGGCGAAUCAGCAUGGAGGACGCCCACGCCGCAGUGCUGGACCUCCAGGCCAAGUAUACGGGCACUAGCGACGACAAACCGACGGAUCCGGAACACCGCCUUGCUUUCUUCGGUGUGUACGACGGCCACGGAGGCGACAAGGUGGCAUUAUUCACGGGCGAGAACCUGCACAAGAUCGUUUCCCGGCAGGAGUCGUUCGCCAAGGGCGAUAUUGAGCAGGCCAUGAAAGACGGUUUCUUGGCUACCGAUAGAGCUAUUUUGGAAGAUCCCCGAUACGAAGAGGAAGUGUCCGGCUGCACUGCUUCGACGAGCAUUAUCUCAAAGGACAAGAUCUGGGUGGCAAACGCUGGUGACUCACGUUCAGUGCUAGGAGUCAAGGGCCGCGCAAAGCCGCUCUCGUUUGACCACAAGCCCCAGAAUGAGGGUGAGAAGGCCCGUAUCAGUGCUGCUGGUGGCUUUGUCGAUUUCGGUCGUGUCAACGGCAACCUUGCCUUGUCCCGUGCCAUCGGUGACUUCGAAUUCAAAAAGAGCCCCGAGCUUUCCCCCGAACAGCAGAUCGUCACCGCAUACCCCGAUGUGACGGUUCAUGAGCUGACAAACGAUGAUGAGUUCCUUGUGAUUGCUUGUGACGGUAUCUGGGAUUGCCAGUCCUCUCAGGCCGUUGUGGAAUUCGUUCGCCGAGGCAUUGCCGCCAAGCAGCCUCUUGCCCGGAUCUGUGAAAACAUGAUGGACAACUGCCUGGCCUCCAACAGUGAAACCGGUGGUGUUGGAUGUGAUAAUAUGACCAUGACCGUCAUUGGUCUGCUCCACGGCAAGACCAAGGAGGAAUGGUACAACCAGAUCGCAGAGCGGGUCGCGAACGGGGACGGUCCUUGUGCUCCGCCCGAGUACGCCGAGUUCCGCGGCCCUGGGAUCCGGAACCAGUUCGAGGAAACCCCGGAUGAAUAUGACGUGGAGAUGGAGCGGUCCCGUGGCUUCAGUGUGCGCUCCGGCCGCAUCAUCCUCUUGGGCGAUGGCACCGAGGUGAUCCCGGACCAGAAUGAAGAGCUUUUUGACCAGACGGAAGAAGACCAGGACCUUACCAACCAGGUGCAGCACGAACCAAGCACCCGGAAUGACCGCGAGGCUACCCCGGGCCCCCAGGGGAAACAGGAGGGGACUGCUCAAAUAUCCGAGUCUCCGGCCUCCACUGACGCUGAAAAGGACAAGUCCGCAUCUUCCUGA